AGGUACAGACAAAAUUAGAGUUGCGAAAGCCCCUAAACCUCAAGAAACCUAAACUGUUAAGUCUUUUAAAAGUCUCUUUUACAUACCUUUCUGUGUUAUGUUCUUUGUAUUGCACGCUGUUUUGUGCACAAAACAGCAUAUCGACAAAAUAUUUACAGAGUGAGACAACAGAGCAGUAAAGUGUGAGGAAGUAAGUCAUUCUCUCCUAGCUGUUUCGCUGUGUCUCGAAUGCCUCAAUAAUUCGGUUCGGCUUCUGAACAUGAACACCAGUCAAGGUUUCUGCUGCUCCAUUUUUGGAGUGCUCUUCUAUUUACUUGUGCAGGGACUGUGUGCUGAUUUCGAAGUGCAUAAGGCAGUUGGGAGCUCCUUGGAUCUAAUUCCAGAUCAUCCAAAAACAAAUCUUACUUAUGUUAAAUGGAAAUUCAACGACAAAGACUUUGCUGAAUAUAGUGGAAAUAAACUAAAACAGCUGGGAACUAACUUAUUUGUCCAAAGGUUGAAGAUAAGUGAUAUAAACAUUACAGUUGAUAAACUUCAGCUUAAGGACUCUGGAUUGUUUUCGGUUGUUCAAGAAGGACACAAUGUUCAACAUGACACAAAAUUAAUUCAGCUGCAUGUGCAUGAUCUCAUCAGAAGUGUAACAAUUGAGCACAAUGAAAUCUGGUUACAAUCAAAAAACAUAUGCACAUUUCAUCUUCAGUGUCUGGUGUCCGCUAAUUUACAUGCAUCCUACUACUGGAGUGGCUAUAUGAAUAGUAAUGGAUCACACUUAAAUUUCAGUCUAACUCCAGAAGGGAGUGCCACAUUAAACUGCACAGCCAGGAACAAAGUCAGUGUUAAUUAUACUACUAAGACUGUGAAGUGCUCAGAGACACUUGGACAAGGUAUGUCAUUUGGUUUUCUAAAGAAGAACUUGUUGCCCAUUUCAAUAGUCGCUGGAGCUGUGUGUAUUGCCGUGGCCAUUGGAAUCAUAGCAGUGUGCUAUAGGCGCAGGACUCAGAAAGGAAAGGGGGAGAGUGAGGCUGGAAUUACAGUGUAUGAAGAUGUAAACGUUGAGCCUGUUGCAAAGAAACGGUCAGACAGUACUAUAAAUGGAACUUCUAUUUAUGAAACCGUGCAGGACGUGAGAGUCACAUCAAAUAUGCCUCAGACCGUUUAUGACAAAAUCAGCUAUCAACGUCAGCAAGUGAUCACGCCCAGCACUUCCUCUCCCUACCAAAAAGUUCUGUGAGUGUGACACAGACUAUUUAUGCUUUAAGUUAAAUUCCGGUCUUUGGAUCAGUUUCAUUACUAUUUACCAUAUAUUCAUAUGUAUUAUUAACAGAAUCUGAUGGCCUGAAACUGUAAAAAAAACAAAAUAUAUUUUGCAAUAAAAACUGUAGGCAUUCACUAGAAUGAAAAGACACUUGCAUGAUUUUUUUGGCAUUAAACAUGUUCAGCACUGAAUGUAGCUAAAAUAAAUGUUUGUUGAUGAUGUAUUAUAUAAGGUUUGAGAUAAAAUAUCUGUUUGUUAUGUCAGCUGCUUUUCUGUGAUACGAAGUAAAGAUUAUACAAAAUUCCAUUUUGUGAUCAUUCCUAUAAUUAUAUCCUUUUAUAUUGUUGUAAAGUGUUAACUAAUUAGCUAUGUUUGGUAGUUAAAAAAGCAAAUAAACAAGUUCUAUACCUUC